AUGGCGGAGCCCUCGCCGCCGCCGGCGUCGAACGCUGGCCUCCGUAUCCUCCUGUCGAAGGACCGGCCGGCUCCCUCCCCUCCUCCCACCGCCGCCGUCUCCAGCCACGCCGACCGCGACCGCAUCAUCGGAGUUUUCCGGAGCGCGUUGUCUAGGAAUGAACCCCCAGAAACAUUUUCCCUUCAGACAGUUCAGGAAGCAAUUAAACCUCAGAAGGAAACCGUGUUGGUUCUAGAGGAGAACCAAUCCUUGGAAAAUGCUCUUCGAACAUUGUUGCAGGAGCUUGUGUCAUCUGCAGUGCAAUCGGGUAAAAAGAUCAUGCAAUAUGGGAAUUCAUUGGAUAGCGGAGAAAGUAACUGCCUGAUAACUCGCCUUCUUGAUAUUGUGCUUUAUCUUUGCGAAAGAGGGCAUGUUGAGGGUGGUAUGGUAUUCCAGCUGUUAGAAGACCUAACUGAAAUGUCAACAAUCAAAGACUGCAAAGAUAUCUUUGGGUAUAUUGAGAGCCAACAAGAUGUACUGGGGAAGCAAGAACUUUUUGGACGUGGAAAACUAGUUAUGCUAAGGACUUGCAACCAACUUCUUCGCAGACUAUCGAAGGCAAAUGAUGUGGUGUUCUGUGGGCGCAUUAUUAUGUUUCUAGCACAUUUUUUCCCAUUAUCGGAGCGUUCAGCUCUCAACAUUAAAGGAGUUUUCAACACGUCAAAUGUAACCAAGUAUGAAAAGGAUGCUAUGGAUGGAAUCUCUGUUGAUUUCAACUUCUACAAGACCCUCUGGAGUCUACAGGAACAUUUUAGUAACCCAGCUUUGACUUCUACAAAUGCAGCAAAAUGGCAAAAGUUCUCUUCUAAUUUGGCGGUUGUGUUGAGCACAUUUGAAGCUCAACCUCUUAGCGAUGAUGAUGGAAAACUUAACAGUCUCAACGAGGAGGAAGAUGCUGCUUUCAAUAUUAAGUACCUGACUAGCAGUAAAUUAAUGGGUUUGGAGUUGAAGGACCCAAGUUUUCGACGCCACAUACUUGUUCAGUGCCUUAUAUUUUUUGACUAUCUCAAGGCGCCUGGAAAAAAUGACAAAGAAGGUCCAACAGGGAGCAUGAAAGAGGAAAUCAAUUCUUGUGAAGAGCAUGUUAAGAAGCUUCUAGAAAUUAUCCCCCCCAAAGGAAAGGAAUUUCUGAAAAGCAUUGACCAUAUUCUUGAGCGGGAGAAAAAUUGGGUUUGGUGGAAGCGAGAUGGGUGUCUUGCAUUUGAAAAACCACCCUUUGAGAAGAAACCAGGUCAGGCUGGAGGUAGAAAACGGAAGCCAAGGUGGAGACUGGGAAACAAAGAGCUCAGCCAAGUUUGGAAAUGGGCAGAACAAAACCCUAAUGUUUUGACUGAUCCUGACCGUGUCCGCAUGCCAUCAAUUACGGAAUAUUGGAAACCACUUGCAGAAGAUAUGGAUCCAUCUGCUGGAAUUGAAGAGGAGCACCACCACAAAACUAAUCGGGUGUACUGCUGGAAAGGACUACGGUUUUCAGCCAGGCAGGACUUGGAUGGAUUUGCCCGGUUUUCAGACUACGGGAUCGAAGGAGUUGUACCUUCAGAACUCCUGCCACCUGAAGUAAAUGCCAGGUUUUCUUCUAAGCCUGCAGAAAAGGUUAAGCGGACGAGAAGGGAAGAUUCAAAAGGUGUGUCAGCUCAACCCAAAGAGCAGCAGGUUGCCGCGACACCAGAAACCGACGGCGGUGGCAGCGGUGGCGAUCUAGAAGAAGGGGCCGCACCAAUGGAUUCCGACAACGGCGCGGUGGAGGAUAGUCAGAAGCGGAGCCCAGGGGAGGUCUCUGGCCCUGAAAGCGGUCAGUGCGAGCCUGAGGCGGAUGCCGAUGAUAACGUGAAGACUGAAACCACCAGGGGGCCUGGGGUGCAGGUAGAAAAAAGGCAGCCAGCUAAUUCGCAGCACACUGUGGCUUGUGUCAGGUGGCAUCGUCGGGGGUCCAAGCGACGCAAAGCGAAGCGACGAGGUCGCCGCUGCCCGGCUGCUGCCGCUGCUGACACGGGGCACAGGCAGAGCGGAGCACGAGGACGAGAAGGGCAGCGAGCGUCGCAACGGGCGGUGGCUGCACCUGCUCACCCGCACCGCGUCGCAGGAAUCGAAUCCCGUCAGCGUCUCUGCAUGCAGGUGCAGCAGGCAGGCGGCUGCUCCUACAUGGAGUCGGAGCAGGCGGAAUCGGCGUCGGCCCCUGUGGGUGUGAUGAGCUGCCGCUCGCCAACGUGCCCGCCUUGGCUCCAAGCGGCCAUUGCAGACAUCGAGCAGCGGGUGCGCGCGCUGGCGGUGGACGAGGCGCCGCCCACGGAGCACUCCUUCGCCGAGCGCGCCGACAACUACUACCACAAGCGCCCGCAGCUGCUGUCCCUCCUCAGCGACCUCCACCGCCGCUACCUCUGCCUGGCCGACCGCUACUCCCAGUCGCUGUCCACCCUCCACCACAAGCACCACUCCUCGCUGCCGGCGCCCGCCGUCUCCGACUGCGGCUCCUCGGAUGUGGACGACCGCUGCUCCGACGACGCCGACAGCUCGCUCUCGUACCAGCACCCGCUCGGUGCCGGGGUCAGCAGCGGCACUAGCACUAGCAGCGGCAGCAGCACCACUGCCGAGGCCGAGCUGGUGGUGGCGGAGCUGGUGGCCGCGUGGGUGGAGCGCGACGUGCUGGCGGACGAGGCGGCGCGGCGGGCCGCGGAGUCGGCGCGCAAGAUCGAGCUGCAGGGGAGCCUGGUGGAGGUGCUGGAGUCGGAGCGUCUGGUGCUGCUGGGCGAGAACGCGCGCCUGGGCUUCCGCGCGUCGGCGGCCGAGGACGAGGCCGCGGCGGCGGCUGCCGAGCUGGGAUACGCGCGCCGCCGCGCCGCGGAGAUGGCCCGCCUCGUCGUCAAGCUCCGCGAGGACCACCGCGUGUGCAUGCUGGGACGCAAGAUCGAGGCGCUCCAGGCGCAGGUGUACGCGCUGGAGCUCCGUAACCGCGAGUGCUACGAGGCCAUGGCGGCCUGGGAGGCCGAGCGCAUGGUGGCGGGCGCUGAGAUCCAGAGGCUCCGCGCCGAGAACCGCCGCCUGGCCGACGAGGCUGCCGCGGCCGCGGCGGCGGCGGUGAUGGCGAGGAGGAAGCGCAAGGGGAGUGGCGGGUGGUGGGCCAGGGUCAGGAUGGCCGCCGAGUGGACACCGUGCGCGCCUGCCACGACGGUCACGGUCAGGAAGGUCGGCGAGCAGGUGAAGAGGAAGGACGACGGCAAGUACUACUACGGCGGUGGAUGCUUUUGCGUCUAG